AUGGAGAACCAUAAUCACUCGGAAGAUCCAGGACCAGCGUUUUGCAUUGGUCACCAUGAACACAACAGGCUGAUCUCUGUGACUCCGGAGGUGAUCCAGCAGGUGCAUGAGAGCAAUUAUGACAUGAUGACUGUCCCAAUUACCACAUCGCAUUUUCAUUCUCGUGUACUGGGCCUGCUAUCAAACUACUUGGCCACCUUGCAGUCCCCUUCUUACGAUUCUAUUGGGACAAUGGCUACUACUCAAAACACUCGGCCUCUGGUAGUUCCGCCACUGUCCAAGGCAGACUCCUACUUGACCCCUAACGAUGCAACCAGCCAACUAGUCGGUGUGACCAGCAGCUGGAUUGAUCUGUGCUCGCCAGACCCAUUGAUUGCUGACCUGUCUCGUCAAGUGUUAAUGCUUGAGGUUGCGUACGCUGCAUUCUGUGGAAUUGGAUAUCUCUUGAUCUCCGGGCCAAAAUUACACCAUGGUGCAUUGCAUUCCGAAGGAGUAAUCUACUACGCGCGUACCGUUCAGGAUGCGUUGAGCCUUGGCCCCUACAUCCAAUUCCACAUCUGGCUGCAGAUGGUUGACAACCCCGAGGUCGAGGUUGAUACUGUGGGUGAUCUUGCACCGCUUGCUAGAGCAGAGUACUUGGAGCCAGAUGAGGGUGCUUCGCUUAAGGUCGAUCCGUUUGGAACCUGGGAUGCGUGGGAUGCAAUCCGAAAGACUUGCAAGUAUCAUACAAGACUAUUUGUUGCUCUCGCAAUGCCUAAGCAGCUUCCAUCUCUAUAUGUGCAGUCCCGAUGGCACUCAGAACCUGUGCACCUGCUCACGAUUGACUCUUCCUCAUUCUUGAAGAACCAGAAGGGAUACCCAGUCCUGGCAAAAUCACACCAGGCGUUGAUUGCCAAGAUGAUGCGUCUUCGAACCGCGCCAUGGAUUCUUUUGUGUGGUGUUGGUCCUAUUCCUGGACUUGAAGGCAUCGAUAGCUCUAACCAGUCUCGACUGUCUGGAUCUGAUUAUCCAAGUCUGUCCCAGGCGAACAAGAAGUACAACGACCCAACCCCCCAUUUGUCUUAUAUUCGGAACCUUCAGCAACGCCAGCCUCCGCGCACUGCCAUUGAGCGUUUCGGUGUGGGAUACCAAGACUAUUUGCAGGCACCUUUGCAGCCCUUGACGGUCAACCUGGAGAGCAUCACUUAUGAAGUGUUUGAGAAAGAUCCCAUCAAAUAUGAGUGGUACGAAAAGGCGAUCACCAAGGCAUUGAGGGAUUGGGCGGACCAGAAGAAGCCCACAUCCCACCCAGAUGGCAAGGUAGUUCUCGCUGUUGUCGGUGCUGGUCGAGGACCGCUAGUUACUAGAGCACUUAAAGCUAGUGCGGCAGCUGGUGUCGAAAUCGAUAUGUGGGCUGUGGAGAAGAAUCAGAAUGCGUUCGUGUUGCUGCAGCGCCACAACGAAACAAUCUGGGAUAACAAGGUCACUCUUGUUCAAUCUGACAUGCGCAGUUGGAAGGGCCCUCUGGUUCGCCCACAGCAGACCAAGGGUACUCAGGAGCCCGUCGGGGAUACCUUGGGAAUUGAGGACUCCUUGCUCUACACCCCGAAAAAGGGAGCAAAUGACCCGGGCCGGACAACUGAAUCCAAGGGACCGGGCAUGACACACACCCAUGUGGACAUUAUCGUAUCGGAACUGCUUGGAUCCUUCGCUGACAAUGAGCUUUCCCCCGAAUGUCUGGAUGGUGUGAAUGAUCUCAUCAACCCAACCCAUGGAAUCUCCAUUCCAGCAUCAUACUCCGCUCACUUUACCCCGGUUUCUGCUCCUAAACUGCACGCCGAUGUUGUGCACCAGACCGUCUCCAACCCCGCGGCUCCGGAGACACCAUAUGUUGUGAUGCUCCACGCUAUUGAUUUCCUGUCCACCACGGAUUCACCUACUGGUGGUGAAAGCUCAAACGCCAACAAUGGAAAUCGGGCAUCUACCCCAUCGGCAUCAUUCACUGCCACCGAAUUCCCCACUCCGAAUGUACAGACCGCCUGGUCUUUCUCCCACCCGAACCUCCACAUUCCUCCCCAAUCCCCCAUGCAGUCUACCAUCUCGAAUGCACACAAUGUGCGUCAGACCCGUCUGUCCUUCCCUGCCCAGAACCGUGGCGCAUGCCAUGGCUUGGCUGGUUACUUUGAGACAGUGCUUUACGGUGAUGUGGAGCUGUCUACCAAUCCCGUGACCAUGGAUGCCAAGAGCGCAAGCAUGAUCAGUUGGUUCCCUAUCUAUUUUCCCUUGAAGACUCCUCUCAAUGUUCCCGAAAAUGGCGAGAUUGUCGUUACCAUGUACCGCCAAACUGAUGACCGUAAGGUCUGGUAUGAAUGGAUGGUUGAGGUAUACGCACUCGAGCGCACAUCCACGCCUUCGGUCAAGGCUACCCCUGCUGCGGGCAACUCGCGGGUUGGAUCUCCCAGCGUCGAUAACCUGAAGCCCAAGGACAACGCCGGAAAGCCAAACUCCCGAUCUGGCUAUCGCCGGGUGAGAGUUGGAAUUAGUGACUUGCACUCCAGCAUCAAGGAUGGAUGCUUAAUGUGA